AUGCAGCGCGCUCCGGUGACAAUUGAGGAGCAGCUGGUUUUGAAAGCGAUAAAGGAGGAAUGCCCAUGGGAGAAUCUCCCAAAAAGACUUCAAGCUACUAUUAAUUCUAAAGAGGAAUGGCACAGAAGGGUAGUUGAACAUUCUAUUAAGAAAAGACUCCAAUGGAAUACAUGUUUUGCUCGGAAAGUAUGCAAAGAAGGUGAAUAUUAUGAAGACAUGAUGCGCUACUUGCGAAAGAAUCUGGCGCUAUUUCCCUAUCACCUUGCAGAAUAUGUUUGCCGUGUGAUGCGGUUAUCACCUUUCAGAUACUACUGUGAUAUGAUAUUCGAGGUCAUGAGAAAUGAACAACCAUAUGACAGCAUCCCAAAUUUUAGUGCAGCAGACGCCUUGCGUCUUACAGGAAUAGGAAGAAAUGAAUUCAUUGAUAUCAUGAACAAAUGCAGAUCUAAGAAAAUUAUGUGGAAGCUGAACAAGUCAAUUGCGAAAGAACUUUUACCCACACAACCUGUGGACUUUGUAAUUGAACCAUGGUGGGGAGUGUGUCUUGUCAAUUUUACCUUGGAAGAAUUUAAGAAACUUUCUGAAGAAGAGAUGGCAACAAUUGAUAAGGUUUGCAAGGAGGAAGUUAAUGCAUUUAUCCUCUUUGAUCCUGACGUUGUAAAAGGCCUGUACCGACGAGGAUUAAUUUACUUUGAUGUCCCCGUCUACCCAGACGAUCGUUUUAAAGUUUCCAGGCUUGAGGGGUUUGUUUCCAACAGGGAGCAGUCCUACGAAGAUCCUACUGAAGAGUUACUGUAUGCAGUCUUUGUUGUUUCUAGUGAGAAUGCUACUGUUGCUGAACUGGCAUCAACAUUACAGGCUGAUCUUUCUCAGCUGCAGGCUGCUGCAUCGUUUGCUUGUAGAUUAGGAUGGGCAGAGAAAUUGAUCGAUCCAGGAUCCAUUCUUCAGGAAACAAGCAUACCUGGGACCCCUAAAAGCACUCUUGUUGAUGAGGAAGAUGCUGUUCAUUCUAGUAUACGCUCAGCAAACAUGUUCAGUGACAGUGAUUCUAGUCAGCAUGGAGAUCUUACGGUGACAGAACAUUAUGGACCACGUUCCAACCACACUCGUGUUGCUUUUAUUGUUGAUGCCAAUAUAACAUCUUAUCUUAUGAUGGGAUCUGUUUCACCAGGCUUGAAAUCCCAUGCUGUAACUCUAUAUGAAGCAGGGAAGUUGGGUCAUGCUAGCAUUGCAGAUCUUUGCAAGGAUCUGGGUACCUUAGAAGGAGCAAAGUUCGAGGGUGAAUUGCAGGAAUUCGCAAAUCAUGCAUUUAGCCUCCGUUGUGUCCUGGAAUGCCUCCUAUCAGGUGGGGUUGCUGCUGAUGCAAAAGUAGAGGAAGUUUGCAAUAUGACAGGCACACUAGCUUCAAGCAUCGACGAGGCUACGUCUUUGAUAGCUGAUGUUGCUUUGUUCGAAAAUUCGGAAAAUAUUGCCACUGGUCAAGUUAAAAAUGACACUGAUGAUUCCGUGAAGUCAAGUAAGCCUGAAGCUGGUUUUGUUUUGGCUGACCUUGCUACUCAAAGUACUGGUGCUGUCACCACUUCUGCUAUUUUAUCUGAAGACAUAAAUUCGUCAAGUGAGGUCACCAAAUCAGAUCAAGAUGUCCAGAAUGAUGAAAAGCUUAUUCCAGUUGAAGGGUCUGAUGUUGGAGAAGGAAUUUUAAGGAAGAGAAGGGAUUAUCGUGUGGAUAUUCUCCGCUGUGAAAGUUUGGCUGCUCUGGCACCAUCAACUUUAGAUUCAUUAUUUCUUCGUGACUAUGAUAUUGUUGUGUCUAUAGUUCCUCUCCCUCAUUCAGCAGUUCUUCCUGGACCAAAAGGUCCUAUUCAUUUUGGUCCUCCCUCGCAUUCAUCCUUGACUCCAUGGAUGAAGUUGGUGCUUUAUUCAACUGUGGGUAGUGGGCCUUUGUCAGUUGUUUUGAUGAAAGGGCAAUCUUUACGCAUGCUUCCUGCACCGUUGGCUGGUUGUGAGAAAGCCCUUAUAUGGUCUUGGGAUGGUUCAACAAUUGGAGGGUUGGGAGGCAAGUUUGAAGGCAAUUUGGUCAAGGGAAGUAUACUUUUACAUUGUUUAAAUUCACUUCUUAAAUACUCGGCCAUUCUGGUGCAGCCCCUCAGUAGGUAUGACCUUGAUGAAUCAGGAAGAGUCAUCACUAUGGAUGUACCAUUGCCCCUCAACAACUCAGAUGGUUCAAUUGUUUGUGUGGGGAAUGAACUCGGUCUCUGUGAAGAGGAUAGUUUGAAACUAAACUCUUUGUUAAAUAAUCUAACAAACAAGAUGGAAUUGCCAACUAUUGGUUACAUUCGCCUGUUAAAGCUUUUCAGUGAAAGAGAAUCAGACCACUUUGCACCUGAUGAUAAAAAAUAUGAAUGGGUCCCCCUAAGUGUGGAAUUCGGGAUUCCUCUUUUUAGUCCAAAAUUAAGCAACAAUAUAUGUAAAAGGGUUGUUGCAUCAGAAUUGCUUCAAUCAGAUACACUUACUGAACACCAUGAGGCCAUGCAAGGCUUGCGAAAAAGGUUACGUGAUGUCUGUACAGAGUACCAGGCAACAGGUCCUGCUGCAAAACUUCUGUACCAGAAAGAGCAAUCAAAGCAAUCAAAGGAGCCAACUCGACAACUCAUGAACUAUGCCAGUGGAAGAUGGAAUCCCCUAGUGGACCCAUCUUCUCCCAUUGCGGGAGCCUUGAGUGAGCAUCAGAGACUAAAACUUGCCAAUCGACAACGAUGCCGAACUGAAGUCCUAAGUUUUGACGGUAGCAUUUUGAGAUCAUAUGCUCUAACUCCAGUGUAUGAGGCUGCCACAAGGCCCAUUGAAGAAGCCCCAGUGAUGAAUUCUGCAAAAGCUGAUCCUGAUGAAGCUGAUAGUAGAGAAGUAACUCUUCCAGGCGUUAAUCUAAUUUUUGAUGGUUCCGAACUGCAUGCCUUCGACAUAGGUGCUUGCCUGCAGGCUCGCCAACCAGUUUCCUUAAUUGCAGAAGCUGCAGUAGCCUCAGCUUCUGCCGCAAUUAAAUAG